GACGGGGAGGCUGGCGCCACUUUGCGCUCGGCUAAAGCUCGAGCGGUGCUUGGGUCAGAAGCGGACGCGCCCCGCCCCACAGCGCCCCCCGAGCGCGCCUCCACGCCUCCGCCCUGGGAGCCGCCAUCUUGCCACUUCCCUUCGCCAGGCCGUCCGCGGGCGUCAAUAGCGACUUUCAGCACAAAACAAAGAUGGCGGCGGCGGCGGCAUCUGGGGAAUGCCCGGAUGGAAAUGCCAGCCCCCUAAGACGCGCUCGGCUCCGCCCCCCUGGGAACUGUCUCCCGGGUCGCAGAAGGGGCGCCCGCUCAGGGAGUUGCUUUUUUAUUAGCAGUGGGCACAGGGGCACAGUUUGCUAAGAGUGGCAGGGAGGAGAGAGACAUCAGACAGCCGUUUGCCCGCUCCGCACACCCGGGCAGCCGCAGGAGGCGGCUGGAGAGCCGUCGCAGGGAGAGCCGGAGGCGGGGAAAAAGGCAGACCGUUCCUCCGCUCGUGCCAGCCAAUCAGCGGGACGGCUGCCUUCCUCCGCUGCCGCCGCCAUUCUGGGGCAAGGCCGCAGCAUCUGCAUCGGAAACCGCGGGACUCCUUCGUGCUGGCUCAGCCGGGCGGCCUGGGGCCGUUUUGCAAAUCUUCUCCAAUUCGGAAACAGGCGAAGGCUGAAGGCUGCCCGCUCUGGGAAGCUGCGUGCCCCAGGGGGCGCCUCAUGGAACCGGAGUCCAGGCGAGCCCUGUGCCACGUGGCCCUGGCCAGCUGCCUGUGUGCAGCCGCCGUCCACACGGGUGUCUUUGCAGGCGUCGUGGUGCAAGUGGGCCACGAGCACUACGCAGAAGUGCCGGUAGCCAGCCUCCCUGCCUUCCUAAGCAUGCCAUGCAACUCACUUGUGAACUUGGCCUACGUGUGCUUGGGCCUGUACUGGCUGCGGAGAGGUGCCAGCAGCCCGGCGGCUCGCUACCUGAAGGACGCCUUCGCUGCCAUGGCCCUGGUCUACGGCCCCGUGCAGUGGCUGCGGAUUGGGACGCAGGCGCACCCUGCCGCCGUCCUGGACCAGUGGUUCACGCUGCCCAUCUUCGCCUGGCCGGUGGCCUGGUGCCUCUCCCUGGACAGCGGCUGGAAGCCCUGGCGGUUGCUGGCCAUUGAGUUUCUCUCCCUGUUCAGUUACAGCCUUGCCCUGCUGCACCCCCAAGGCUUCGAAGUCGCACUGGGGGCUCACAUCGUGGCUGCCGUGGGCCAGGCCCUGCGCACCCAGGGGCGCCAUGGCAAUGCCUCGACGGCCACCUACUUGGCCCUGGGUGUGCUCUCCUGCCUGGGCUUCGUGGUGCUCAAGUUGUGGGACCAUGAGCUCGCACAGUGCCGUCUCUUCCAGCGCCUCACUGGUCACUUCUGGUCCAAGCUCUGUGAUGUGUUGCAGUUCCACUUUGCAUUUUUGUUUCUGACAAAUGUAAGCCGUGGCCAGAGCCUCCGGCCUGAGGGGAAGCCGACGGCCCGUCAGCACUGACGACUUGCAAGUCACGGGCUUCGGAUUCCAGGCGUGCCGCAUGACGAUCUACACAACCUCCUUCCAGGACAGAGACCUCGGCACAGGGAACACGGGUGUAAUUGGAAACACUCAAAAAUAAAAUAUCAGGGCAUGAAUGACC